GCGGGGCCUGUGGGUUCAUUCAGUGGGUAAAUCAUGGUUGGCAGUGAGGCAGCAGCAGCAGCAGUGAUGGCUCACAGCUUCACUCAGGAGUAUUUUCAGAUCCCAGUGGUGACCCGAGCGUACACGACUGCCUGCGUCCUCACCACCGCUGCUGUGCAACUUGAGGUCAUCACCCCCUUUCAGCUCUACUUUAACCCAGACCUCAUCAUCAGAAGAUACCAGAUAUGGCGCCUGAUAACCAGCUUCCUCUUCUUCGGUUCUCUUGGAUUCAGUUUUGUGUUCAACAUCAUCUUUCUUUAUCGAUACUGUCGGAUGCUGGAGGAAGGCUGCUUCCGGGGAAGGACGGCAGAUUUUGUCGUCAUGUUCCUGUUUGGAGGAAUCGUGAUGACUCUGUUCGGUCUGUUCGCCAACGUCUUCUUCCUGGGUCAGGCCUUCAUCAUCAUGCUGGUGUACGUGUGGAGUAGGAGGCAUCCGCUCGUACGCAUGAACUUCUUCGGCCUGCUGAACUUCCAGGCCCCGUUUCUCCCCUGGGUGCUGAUGGGAUUUUCGCUGCUGCUCGGAAACUCCAUCGUGGUCGACCUCCUGGGUAUCAGUGUCGGUCACAUGUACUACUUCCUGGAAGACGUGUUUCCAAACCAGCCGGGAGGAAGGAAGCUGCUGAUGACACCAGAACUUCUGAGGACCAUGUUUGACCGGCCGGAGGACCCAGACUACCGUCCCCUCCAAGAACAGCAGCAGGGUGGAGACCUGCAGCAGGAUGAGGAGCCACACAACUAAAAACACAACACCAAGAAACACAAGAGGAGAGUCUGAGGAUGUGGAUUUACAGAGUCCUGAGCCCUUUCUUAAAGGCUGCAGAGACACAGAAGGACUGAACUGAAAAACAACUCUAUCAUGAAAAAUGUUUGCUUCUUAAAAUCAUCUCUGCUUCCUUUAGCACAAAAAAGUCCCAAAGGAUUAUGGGAGCUUAUGACACGCUCACACGAUUAAUGUUUGUGACUCCAGAGCAGUUAUUUGCACAGAUGCAAAGAAAACCAGACGACUGAACCUAUUUGUGCUUUUGCUUACGGAGGACGGAGAGGACCAGGACUUAACCCACAACCCCGUUCCCUGCUGUUGUGUCACUGCCGCUGGUUCACACAAACUGCCGACAGCCUGAAAUCCCAUCAGCCCCGUCUGCACACUCUGCACUUUCACCCGCUGCCUUUGUGGGUCAAACACUGGGGACAAAAUGGAAAUUGCUUAGCACAACAACAGGCAAACAAGUCUUUGCAGGACCCCAACAAAACACACUCCAUCAUCGCUUCCAACACGGCUCCGCUGAUAAAUGUUCGGCAUACGACAUAACCAGACAGCAAAUCAAGCUUUCACUUUUUUUUUUAUUUUGUAAGAAUUAUUAAAAUGUACAAAAAGACAACAAUUACAACAUAACAAUAUAUUAUCUGAGACUGGUUUGUGAUUUUUUCUCCCUCUGUGGUCAGGUAAAGAGAGUCAGUGGUCAAAGUGAGAGAGCAGCUUCUCCACGCUGAGGGUCGUAAAGGGAAAACACAAAGGAGGAACAUUUUCUACCGUGGGGCGGGGUGGGGGUGGGGGGGCUUUGCCAAACAGAACAUAAUAUUAAUAAUAAAAAAUAAAAAAGCGACACGGUGAACGGCAGACUGAGGAACCCGGUCGAGCAGAACAGACUUCCCGGCGCGCGAUGGAGGAACAUCUUUGUUGACGAUGUCGUGAACCGUGACCAGUGUCAUACCUCAAAUCUGACGAGCACCGGUCCUGUAGGGGGCGCUGAUGCUGCUGCGUCUACCAUGCAGGUGCUGUGUUCGCCAGUCGCCUCAUUCGCCUGUGGAGGGAAAUCGUCCGACCGUCAGCAAAAACAAGAAGGAGAAAAAGAAGGAGAAGGAAGGAAGACAAGAAAGAUGGAGGAGAAGAAGAGGAACAAGAAGACAGAGGAGGAGGAGAACAGGAAGGAGGACAAGAGGACGGAGAAGAAGAAGAAAAAGAAGUAAAAGAAGACGAACAAGGACAGGAAGAAGAAAGACAAGGAGAAAUACAAGAAAAUGAAGAAGAACAAGAGGAAGACAAAGUUGUCAACUCAGACUGUGAGAAGGUUUAUUUGUCCAUUUAUUCAGUCUUUUAUUUUUUAGAGCAGCAAGAAAUGAAUGAAUCAAAAAAGUAAUCAUGAUAUGAAUCAACAAUGAGAACAAUCAUUAGUUUCAGCCCUGAUUGUGAUUAGAGCUACGACUGAAUUAUUUCUGUUGACUUUGUCAUUAAUUAUCUGUCUAUCGACUAAUCAAUUAAUCAACUGUUUCAGCUCUAAAUUAGUUGACGACAGAUUUCUUUCUAUUAAAUCUUUAUUUAAUCAGGUAAAAGUCUGAAAGUAAAUUAAAAUAAAUAAAUAACUGGACGUAAA